CGGACGUUUGAUAUAUCUUUCUCUCGCUCUCUCCCUUGAACCUGGCUGCGGCCACCUCAGCCUAUAGGAGCUGGGGAGCUUCCUACCUGGGCGGGCCACUCCAGGUCAAGGCCUGGCGGAGGUUGUGAGGAAGGAGAGACACCUUUUCCGAUGGGCUGCUUAGCUUCUGUUUUUCUAUUGGAAUCAAAAUAUGGCUAAAAUGGAAGGGAAAGAGGGGAUCUCAAUGAAAAGAUGGCAAUGAAACUAUUGGGAUUCCUGGCUAGAUCAUCAUAUACAAUAAGCCAGUGCCGAUACUUCCCUACUUAUGGAUAUUUAGCAUCAAGCAACAACUUGCUAUCAGUAAAUAGAUAUCUCAGGCUAUGCAUCCCAGAGGCAACUCCUACUUUUACUAGCAAUUGCAUGGACAAUUCAAACUGGUUUAGUCCACAAAUUACUAUUGGUGCUAAAGCAAAAAUUAUCAAUUACUUGACUAUGGAUGCUUGUCUUUCAUCCAGAGAACUUCAUCCUCUUAAAGCUUCAAUUUUUAAGCAGAAAUUAAAACAUAUAAGAAUACUUACUGGAAUACCCAAUAGAUAUUAUUCAGUUUUAUCGCCUAGUAAACUUCAACCAAAUCAAGAUAUUGUACCAGUUAAGCGUCUACCAAAAGCAUCAAGGACCAAGCAGCCAUCAAGAAUUAAUCUGCCGCUACCAUCUGAAGCUAAGGAUGUGAUGCAAUGUAUAGCCUUUGCAACAGCAGAUGCCUAUCAUCUUGGUAAUCUAUGCCUUGACCUGGUCUCAUCUGGAUAUGUUGAAAUCACAUUACCUAGAGAUGCAGCAAAUGUUUUGGUGGUUGGCACAGAAAAGACAGCCAAAGAUCAUGAUUUGGGGAUCAUAUUUUUCUUCAAGGAAGGGUCUGUUGUGUUUUGGAAUGUUGAAGAAAAAACAAUAAAGAAUAUUUUUCGAAAACUGGAAAAACAUGAGAUCCAGCCUUAUGAAAUUGCAUUAGUUCACUGGGAAAAUGAAGAGAUGAACUAUAGAAGAGGAGAAGGGCAGUCAAAACUUCAUAAAGGAGAAAUCUUGAUAAAUUCAGAAUUAGAAAUGGAUGAUUUCAUUUUAGAGAAGUUUGCUUUUUCCAAUGCUCUCUGCCUUUCUGUAAAACUGGCCAUUUGGGAAGCAUCGCUGGAUAAUUUUGUAGAAUCUAUCCAAUCAAUACCUGAGAUGCUUAAAUUAAGAAAGAAACUGAAACUGUCUCAUGCUGAUGUUAUGCAGAAAAUUGGGGAACUGUUUGCCUUGAGGCAUCAUAUAAAUCUGAGUUCUGAUCUGUUGAUUACCCCAGAUUUCUACUGGGACAGAGAACAUCUUGAACAACUGUAUGAUAAAAUGUAUCGGUUUCUCAGUAUUGAUCGCAGAGUUAAGGUAGUAAAUGAAAAGCUCCAGCAGUGCACAGAACUGACAGAUCUGAUGAGAAAUCAUUUGAAUGAAAAACAUGCUCUGCGCUUGGAAUGGAUGAUAGUAAUACUCAUCACAAUAGAGGUCAUGUUUGAACUCGGAAGAGUGUUUUUCUGAUACCAGGAGUACAUUGCAACAGACAUUUUACAAGACUAGUCGCUAUCUGAGCAACAGGUUUAUUGGACUUCAACUUUGUCCAUUUUGGAAAGUGAGCAAAUGCCAUGAUAAAUUUAUGGACAUUUGCUACAAAAUGUUGGAGAGUCACUGCAUUUAAUUUCAUAUUUCAUCAGUUACUUUGUUUUCGUGGAAUUCAUAGUGUAAAAACAUUAUGAGGCUGGUUCUCUCUGAUGGAUGCAGAUUAUCUGUUGCAUUACAUGAAAAGGGUAUAUACAGUAUGUACAUUAAGCACUUUUCUGUAUAUAAGCUGUACAUUUUUUUACAAUACAUUCAAUAGAAUUAAGAAAAAUAUGUAUAUAAUAUGCCAUUAUGUAUAUGGGGAGCCAAUGCGUAGAAAACCUAAUCCUUAUUGUACAUUUAUGAAGGAAGAAAAUUAAAAAUUCUCUUCAGCUAAAACAGUAAUUUUCUUUGGAACUGCUUAAUCACAAAGAUUUUAUAAAUUCAGACAAGUUUCUUCAAGAAGCAAGAGAAGUUUAAUCAAAGCAAUCUCUUUUGACUGUAUUGCCUUAGAUUUUCCUUAGUAACCAUUAUGGAUGUAUGAACACCAACUGAAAAGCUGUGAAAUAAAAUAAAUGAUUGUAAGAAA